GUGGGUAGCAACAGUUGCCCCGGUGAGGGAAAACGGAGGCGCCAUAGCCACGGUAGUCGUGGCGACCAAGCAACCCGGCAACGCGAGUCAACAACAACCACCACCACCACCACCGCCGCCGCCGCCAUCAGCCCCGGGGCGACCCCCCCCCCAACAUCCUCAUCUCUCUCCCCCCACUCCUUUCCUCCAUGCUCCCCGAUCCGGCUCGGGGACCCCGGCACGUUCCGUCCCCUUUUCCAUAGCGCCCCUGAGACUUCCGCAAAGCCCUUCGGCGGACGGCGGCGGAGCGGAGCCGAGGAAGAGGAAAAAACGCCUUAUUUAUUAUCAUUUCCCCACUGUUGGCAUGGCAACACAGGCCUAUGUUACUGAGCUGCAGGCAGCCCCACACGCAUCCCAGCCGCCGCAGGGCCUGCCCCAGGCCCCGCCCCAGCCGCCCCCCCCCUCAGCACCCCAGCCUCCCGCUGCCGCCGCGGCCCCCCAGCCCCAGUAUGUCACGGAGCUGCAGAGCCCCCAGGCCCAGGCGCAGCCCCCCGGCGGCCAGAAGCAGUACGUGGCGGAGCUGUCCUCGGCGCCCACGCCCUCGCAGCCCGCCGCCCCGGCCCCGGCCCCUGCGGCCCCGCAGUACAUCGUGGUCACCGUCUCCGAAGGUGCCAUGCGGCCCAGUGAGACGGUGUCAGAGGCCAGCCCGGGCUCCACAGCCAGCCAGACCGGCGUCCCAACCCAAGUGGUGCAGCAGGCACAGGGCACCCAGCAGCGGCUACUGGUCCAGGCCAGCGCGCAGGCCAAGCCAGGCCAUGUGUCACCUCUGCAGCUCCCCAACAUCCAGGUACCCCAGCAGGCUCUCUCCGCACAGCGCCUGGUGGUGCAGAGUGCCACUCCAAGUGCUAAGGGUGGCCAGGUCUCCCUGGCGGUGCACAGCGCCCAGCAGGUGCACUCUCCUCCUGAGCGGUCACCGGUGCAGGCUAACAGCUCCUCUAGCAAGGCCGCGGGGCCCCCCGCAAGCACGGUGGCACAGCAGCUGCAGGCCCACGGUGUCCCGCAGAGCGUCCCAGGGACCCCAGAGAGGUCAGUGGUCCAGGCCACUCCGCAGACGCCCAAAGCUGGCCCAGUGCAGCAGCUGACCGUGCAGGGACUCCAGCCGGUUCACGUGGCCCAAGAGGUGCAGCAGCUCCAGCAGGUGCCAGUUCCGCACGUGUACUCCAGCCAGGUGCAGUACGUGGAGGGCGGAGAUGCCAGCUACACAGCCAGUGCCAUACGCUCCAGCGCCUACCCGUACCCUGAGACGCCGCUCUACACGCAGACGCCGGGCACCAGCUACUAUGAGGCCGCAAGCGCAACCGCCCAGGUCAGCACACCGGCCACCUCCCAGACGGUGGCCAGCAGCGGCUCGGUGCCCAUGUACGUGUCCGGCAGUCCGGUCGUCGCCAGCUCCACCAGCAGCGCAGCCGGGGCCAGCAGCAGCGGCGCAGCCACGGGUGGCAGCGGGGGCGGUGGCGGCAGCAGUGGUGGCACCAGCAGCGGCGGCGGCGGCGGCGGCGGCACUGGCGGUGGAGCUGGCACCUACGUGAUCCAGGGCGGCUACAUGCUGGGCAGUGCCAGCCAGUCUUACUCCCACACCACCCGUGCCUCGCCAGCCACUGUGCAGUGGCUCCUGGACAACUAUGAGACGGCCGAGGGCGUGAGCCUGCCUCGGAGCACCCUGUACUGCCACUACCUGCUGCACUGCCAGGAGCAGAAGCUGGAGCCUGUCAACGCCGCCUCCUUCGGCAAGCUCAUCCGCUCUGUCUUCAUGGGGCUGCGCACGCGCCGCCUGGGCACCAGGGGCAACUCCAAGUACCACUACUACGGCCUGCGCAUCAAGGCCAGCUCGCCCCUGCUGCGGCUCAUGGAGGACCAGCAGCACAUGGCCAUGCGGGGCCAGCCCUUCUCCCAGAAGCAGAGGCUCAAGCCCAUCCAGAAGAUGGAGGGCAUGACCAACGGCGUGGCUGUGGGGCAGCAGCAGGCCACGGGGCUGUCGGACAUCAGCUCCCAGGUGCAGCAGUACCAGCAGUUCCUGGAUGCCUCACGGAGCCUCCCUGACUUCGCUGAGCUGGACCUGCAGGGCAAAGUGCUGCCCGAGGGCGUUGGCCCCGGGGACAUCAAGGCCUUCCAGGUCCUGUACCGGGAGCACUGUGAGGCCAUCGUGGACGUCAUGGUGAACCUGCAGUUCACGCUGGUGGAGACGCUGUGGAAGACCUUCUGGCGGUACAACCUCAGCCAGCCCAACGAGGCGCCAACCCUGGCCGUGCACGACGAGGCCGAGAAGCGGCUGCCCAGGGCCAGCCUGGUGCUCCUGUCCAAGUUCCAGCCCGUGCUGCAGUGGACCCGGCACUGUGACAACGUGCUGUACCAGGGCCUGGUGGAGAUCCUCAUCCCCGACGUGCUGCGGCCCAUCCCCAGUGCCUUGACUCAAGCGAUCCGGAACUUUGCCAAGAGCCUGGAGAGCUGGCUCACCCACGCCAUGGUGAACAUCCCGGAGGAGAUGCUGCGGGUGAAGGUGGCGGCGGCGGGCGCGUUCGCUCAGACGCUGCGGCGCUACACGUCGCUCAACCACCUGGCGCAGGCGGCUCGGGCCGUGCUGCAGAACACCGCGCAGAUUAACCAGAUGCUGAGCGACCUCAACCGCGUGGACUUCGCUAACGUGCAGGAGCAGGCGUCGUGGGUGUGCCGCUGCGAGGACCGCGUCGUGCAGCGUCUGGAGCAGGACUUCAAGGUGACGCUGCAGCAGCAGAACUCGCUGGAGCAGUGGGCGGCCUGGCUGGACGGCGUCGUGAGCCAGGUGCUCAAACCCUACCAGGGCAGCGCCGGCUUCCCGAAGGCCGCCAAGCUCUUCCUGCUGAAGUGGUCCUUCUACAGCUCCAUGGUGAUCCGGGACCUGACGCUGCGCAGCGCGGCCAGCUUUGGCUCCUUCCACCUCAUCCGGCUGCUCUACGACGAGUACAUGUACUACCUGGUGGAGCACCGCGUGGCCCAGGCCAAGGGCGAGAGCCCCAUCGCCGUCAUGGGCGAGUUCGCCAACCUAGCCACCUCGCUGAACCCCUUGGACCCCGACAAAGAUGAGGAGGAGGAAGAGGAGGAGGAGAGCGAAGACGAGCUGCCACCGGACAUCUCCCUGGCUGCUGGCAGCGAGUCGCCCGCGCUGGGCCCUGAAGCCCUGGAGCCGCCCGCCAAGCUGGCCCGGACGGACGCGCGCGGCCUCUUCGUGCAGGCGCUGCCCUCCAGCUAAGCCUGCGCCUCCCCACCUCCACCCGCCUCCCCGCCGCGCCCUCCCCGCCUGGGUCCCUCAGAGCUUCUGUGGCUUUGCAGCCUGGGCUCGGAGGGAGCCUGGGAGCCGGGGAAGGCAACGGGACCCCGCCCCCAGGUCGGCCGGCACAAUCAUGCUGGGCUGGGCGGAACCGCAGCUGCAAAUUGACACAGACGUGCCUUAAGGAACCCGCCGCCGUGCCCAGGUGCCCCACGGGGCAGCCAGCUCGGGCCCCAAAUCCCCCUAGCUCGAAGCCCUACCCUCCCGACUCCCCAGGGGGCAGCAGGAAGGCCCCCCCCCCCCCCCGCAGAACUGUUAACUUAUUCUGCUCGCUGGCUUUGCACAGCCUGUCCAGGACAGCCCUGAGCCCAGCAGGCCCGAGUGGGCAGCACCUGGGACCCCCACAGUCAGCAGCAGCCCCGGGACCCUUCCCCAGCAGCCCCUCUUCUUGGUCUAAGUGCAAUUAAAACCGUGGGUGUGGCAUCUUCUCCAGAGCUGGGUCCGCCCUCGCCUCCCUCCCUCGCAGCCCGAGAGGUGAGGGCGGCAGGAGGGUCAGCCUCCAGCUUCCAAAGAGAGCACCCGGCUGGCGGCGGGGCUGCCAGUGCUCGUGCCCGUCCGGCCAGCACCCGGUGCUCCACAGAACCAAGGGGCGCCGUGGGCCCUCCUGGUUUGUGACAGAACCUUCUCCGGAGACUGGCUUCUCCUGUGCCGUGGACCCCUCCCUAUGACUAUUGUGCGAUUUGUGAGCGCCGCCUGAGCGGAGUCAGUAACUCGUUGGUUUUUUUCCAACCAUCAUGGCCUUAUCUGUUCCCGUUUUCUCAGUGUCUUCAACCUGUGAUAGAUGUUUAUGGAAAAAAAAAAAAAAAGGAAAAUCUGGCCUAUUGUAUAAAAAAAAAAAAAUCACUAUUUUGUGUGCUCCACGUGCUACAGCUUUUGGGGUGGCCCUGCACACUCCCGGUCCCACAGGGCCUCCCCUGCCCAGCAGUGAAAGUGUCCACCUGUGUGGUAGUUUAGUGUGCUGUUUUCUACCUUUUUGUAGUCUUUCUUAAAACAAUAAAUUCCGCUGUGAGCUUUGCGUA